UGCCCCCAGGGCUGUGACCCCGUCUCUGGUGCCUGUGUCUGCCCCCCAGGAAACUUUGGGGCACAUUGCGAGUUUACCUGUUCACCAGGAUCGUAUGGUAAGAACUGUCAGUCCCGUUGUCAGUGUUAUAUGAAUCAGACAUCCUCCUGUGAUGUGGCCUAUGGUUUCUGUACGUGUAAGGAUGGAUUUGUAGGACCCCGGUGUGAACACCCCUGUCCAGUGGGAUUUUACGGCCCUGGCUGUACUAAAACCUGCCCCCAGUGUCAACACAGCGCCCCAUGUGAUCCUACAACGGGAUUGUGUAUUUGUCCACCUGGCUGGUCUGGACAGAACUGUGAGAUUCCAUGUGGCUCUGGUUACUAUGGCAACAAUUGUACACAACACUGUCCCACUUGUAAUCCAGGGAUGUGUAGCCCAGCAACAGGAUUGUGUAUUUGUCAGGAUAAAAAUAGUCCUUGUAAGUGUCCCACUGGUUACUAUGGUGAUUCCUGUCAGAAUCGAUGUCAGUGUAUCCAUGGUUACUGUGGAUCUACAGGGAAUUGUAUGUGUGACAAGGGAUGGAAAGGCAGCAGGUGUGACAGUCCUUGUGUUAACAUAGAUACACCAGCCCUAGGAGGAGCUACCGUCUCAACUUUAUCCUGUAAACCCGCUUGCAGUAACUGUUACCAUGGCCGCUGUCAUUUUAAUAACGACAUCUGUUUAUGUGAUGCUGGGUUCUAUGGACUUGACUGUAACCAGAAAUGUCAGAAGCUGACCUAUGGUCCUGGGUGUAUCCAUGGCUGUGACCAGUGUGUCCAUAGCAACACCUGUGACCCAGUCUCUGGACAGUGUCAAUGUUUACCUGGUUACCAGGGAGUUUUCUGUCAACAGCCAUGUCCUACAGGUACCUAUGGCAAUGGAUGUAAACAGAACUGCAGUUGUCAGAAUGGUGGAGAAUGUAACAAUGUCAAUGGAACCUGUCUGUGUCCCAGGGGAUUCAUGGGAUCUGAUUGUUCUCAGAGGUGUCCCAAGGGAAGAUAUGGACCGGGUUGUACCCUGAACUGUACGUGUGGCCCCUUAUCUGAGGGCUGUGAUGUCACCACAGGAAAGUGUAUCUGUCAGCCCGGGUUUACCGGAG